AUGUCUCUCGACUCCCUCCCGAACGAGCUCAUCCUCCGCAUAGGAGAGUUGGCCGACUCCCAGGCUGACCUCCUCGCCUUGUCCCGCACGUCCCGUCUGCACCAUGAUGUCCUCGACAAGCUCCUCAUCCCCUACAACAUCGAACACACUCGCAGCAAUGGUUUACACUGGGCCGUGAGCCACAACGACCUCAAGCUAGCCAAGCGCUUCCUAAACCGCCCCGGUCUCAACAUGAACCUACCUGCUCUGGAGCGCGAGAACAUCCUGGCAAACAUCAACCUGACCACCUUCGCUCGUCUCGACCACGACGGUCUUUUCGACCCGCCCCUCUACGUCGCAAUUAACAAAGGUCACACGGAAAUGGCGCUUGUCCUCCUUGACAACGGCGCAACCCCCGAAAUCGACAAUUGGCGAGGCACCACCAACACAAUGGACCUGGCCAUCUGCCGCGGCCACCAAGACAUCGUCCGCAAGAUGACAGAGCUCAACGUCGACACAACGAAACUAGUCGUCAGCCCCUCCCGUCGCCGCGCCCAACCUGCCCAGAUCUCACGCAUCGUGUGGGCGGUCGUCCACAACCAGCCGAGCGUACUGCAUCCCCUCCUCGCCGACAUCUCGACCCACCACCCGCAAGAGCUCCACGCGCAUCAGCAAGCCGCCCUCGUAACCGCCGCUCACCACGGAUACCUUUACAGCAUUACCAUCCUCUUGGACAGCGGCGCCGCCAUUGACGGGACCCCCGGUCAACGCCUCCGGGCCAUCGACGUCGCCAUUUCCGAGAACCAGCCUGAAGCCGUUGAGUUGCUCUUGGAACGCGGCUCGGAUCUGCGUCGGAACCAGCAUGACCUUGCGGGUGCGUAUAUGCGUCACUGUCGACGCCUGCGCCGCCGAGCCCGGAUUCCUGGUGCUGGUGUCGGUCCGCAGCGCCUGGAUAUGAUGAGCGACAGGGUCACUCGAGCUCUUGUGCACGGCGCGCAGCGAUUCCCCGAGCCCUUCCCUGCGGACUUUGAGCGCCUGCUUCGUGCGAAUUCUUUGUAA